AUGAGCGCGACCUUCACUCAACUAUUUCCAUCGAAACCCACCUACACGGAAGAACAUAUACCAUCUUUGAAUGGGAAGGUCUUCUUAGUCACUGGCGGAACCAAUGGAGUUGGACUGGAGCUCGUCAACAUACUCUACUCCAAGGGCGGCACAGUCUACCUCCCUUGUCGGUCCGCAAACAAAGCAGCAAAGACAAUAAAGGACAUUCAAGCCUCUCAUCCCGACAGCCCUGGUCAACUCAAUUAUCUCCCACUAGACCUCAAUGAUCUCUCUUCAGUGGCAGCUUGUGCCUCUGCCUUCCUGGAACAAGAGACUCGUUUGGAUGUGCUGUGGAACAACGCUGGCAUAAGCUACGCACCACCUGACGAGGUUACUGUCCAAGGAUAUGAACCCCACAUGGGCAUUAAUUGUCUGGCACCCUUCCUUCUUACCAAGCUACUACUUCCUGUGUUGAAGCACACAGCUAGUAUGUCGUCUGAGCCGUCGACAAGAGUCAUCUUUAUCGCCUCGGGCAUGGUAGACUCGUCACCGCCAGGAGGGAUACCAUUGGAGGAGCUUCACCCUGGAAAGCCAUCCCGAGAUCUAUCACGGAACUACACUAUUUCCAAAACAGGAAAUUGGUUUCUUGCUUCCGAGUUUGAUCGUCGAAUGCGAACAGAUGGAGUCGUCUUUAUUGCCCAGAACCCAGGAAAUCUGUUGACCAACAUCUGGGACCGUGUUCCAUGGUUUCUGAAGGCACCCAUCAGAGUACUGCUGCAUCCACCGAUAAAGGGUGCUUAUUCAGAGCUUUGGGCCGGUUUGAGCACUGACAUCAAGCUUGAGGACGGUGGUCGGUAUGGUGUGCCAUGGGGGAAAUGGCAUCCGGGUCCCAGGAAGGAUCUUUUGCUCAGUUUGAAGACCAAGGAAGAUGGAGGAAGUGGUAUUGCAGAGGCUUUCUGGGAAUGGUGCGAGAAAGAAACAGCCAGCUUCGUGAAAGACUAG